AAAUUUGCCCACGGUUCGGCUAGACCAUCAGCACCCCUACCGCUACAGCUUCGUCUGCGAGUAUUCCUUCGCCGGAUUCAUAUUCGACCUAUCAUUCGAUAUCUGUCUUUUCUCUCGCGCACCCAAGCGAAGCUUGGUCAUUCGAUUCCAGCCUUGCACGAGAAAGUAACCAGCCCUGUGAAGAAACGCUAAACCUAACGAUAAAAGCUAUCCCCUUCCGAAUUGAAUUGCUGAGGUGAUCGUUUGAUCGAUCGGGAAACAUGGUGUUAGCACAGUUAGGGGGGAGCAUCUCCCGUGCUCUCCAGCAGAUGAGCAAUGCGACCAUCAUUGACGAGAAGGUCCUUAAUGAAUGUCUGAACGAGAUCACUCGAGCCCUUUUACAGUCCGAUGUGCAGUUCAAGCUUGUCCGGGAUAUGCAAACCAAUAUAAAGAAGAUCGUUAAUCUCGACGACCUCGCCGCUGGACACAACAAGCGUAAGAUAAUUCAACAGGCUGUAUUCAAUGAGCUCUGCAAAAUGUUGGAUCCAGGGAAACCUUCAUUUACCCCAAAGAAAGGGAAAGCGAGUGUUAUAAUGUUUGUUGGUUUACAAGGUUCUGGUAAAACUACGACAUGCACAAAAUAUGCAUAUUAUCAUCAAAAGAAGGGUUGGAAACCAGCUCUAGUUUGUGCCGAUACAUUCAGAGCUGGUGCGUUUGAUCAGUUGAAGCAAAAUGCUACUAAAGCUAAGAUUCCAUUUUAUGGGAGCUACAUGGAGUCAGAUCCUGUAAAAAUUGCAGUGGAAGGUGUUGAGCGUUUUAAGAAGGAAAAUUGUGAUCUUAUUAUUGUAGAUACAAGUGGACGCCACAAACAGGAAGCUGCUCUUUUUGAAGAAAUGCGUCAAGUUUCUGAAGCAACGAAACCCGAUCUCGUUAUAUUUGUUAUGGAUAGCAGUAUCGGUCAAGCUGCAUUUGAUCAGGCUCAAGCAUUUAAACAAAGUGUUUCAGUUGGUGCUGUCAUUGUUACUAAAAUGGAUGGUCAUGCGAAAGGAGGUGGUGCUCUUAGUGCAGUUGCUGCAACAAAAAGUCCUGUAAUAUUCAUUGGAACUGGAGAGCACAUGGAUGAAUUCGAAGUUUUUGAUGUUAAACCAUUUGUUAGUCGUCUAUUAGGCAUGGGUGAUUGGUCUGGGUUCAUGGACAAAAUUCAUGAAGUUGUACCUAUGGAUCAACAGCCUGAGCUUCUGCAAAAGCUUUCUGAAGGCAACUUCACUUUACGUAUUAUGUAUGAGCAAUUCCAGAACAUUCUCAAAAUGGGUCCUAUUGGUCAGGUUUUUUCUAUGCUUCCAGGAUUUAGUGCAGAGUUAAUGCCAAAAGGUCGUGAAAAGGAAAGCCAAGCAAAGAUCAAGCGUUCCAUGACUAUGAUGGAUUCCAUGACAAAUGAAGAGUUGGAUAGUUCAAACCUGAAGCUUAUGAAUGAGUCUCGGAUGAUGCGGAUAGCACGAGGUGCUGGUCGCCCUGUUAGAGAAGUGAUGGAGAUGUUGGAAGAAUAUAAGCGCCUUGCCAAGAUUUGGAGCAAGAUGAAAGGGCUCAAGAUUCCAAAGAAGGGGGAAAUGAGUGCAUUGUCUCGAAAUAUGAAUGCACAACAUAUGAGUAAAGUCCUUCCACCACAGAUGUUGAAGCAAAUAGGUGGUAUGGGUGGCCUACAAAAUUUGAUGAAGCAAAUGGGUUCUUCAAAAGACAUGAUGGGGAUGUUUGGUGGGGGGGAUAAGUAAUACCAACAACUUGUUUGUUUAGUUGUAUGAAAUUUCUUGAGAGGGAUAAGCUUUGUGCCUUGUGCAGGAUUAAAGGCAUUGUUAUAGGUCAAUUGUAACAAUCAUAGAUGCCCAUUAACUUCACUGCCCAGGCAUUUUAGUUGUCAAAGUUAGGGGUGGAUUUGAGCUGAGCCAAACCGAAUGAAUAUUUGGCUACUUGAGCUCGAUUUGGCAGAAAAACAACAUGCUCAAGUUCAGGUUUUAGCUCAAUUCAUGUUAGAGACAUGAGUUCAAAUUCAGUUUGACUCAAAGGCUUGUAUGUUCAAGCUCACCCUGGCUUGAGCUUGAUAAUGUGCCAAGCAUCAUUAGGUUCAAGUUCAAUUUGAUUAGCAAAUAAACCUACAUAAUGGACUUGAGCUCAGCUCGAAGCUUGAUAUGAGCUAGGUCGAAUCGAGCUUUUUACAUGUCAAAUUCAAAUAGCUUGUAAAAAAGCUCAGUUUGUAUCCACUGUAGUUAAAAGUGCGGGGGCAGUUUUUAGUUGUCAAAGGGGAAGCCCCGAUAUUGUGAUAAUUUUCAGUUGGAGUCAUUUUUUGUUUUUUUAACUAUUUAAGCAUGGACCAUUUUUUUAUACACAUCUAUUGAGGGGUCCUUGGACCGAUGUAUAUGUGACGAUUUCAUCUAUGUAAUGAAUGGUUUUAUCAUGGAUUUUGUAAAGGGAUUAGAUUAAGUGAUUAACACAAA